CGGUGCUGGCGACGGUGGGCUGUUGCCUAUUCCUUCACGUUUCCUUCACCGGCCGCGCGAAGCAAAUGGCCGACAAUGGCCAAGCGACGGACAUUCGGUCCACCCUCCAAUCUUCGCGCUCCGUCUAUCUCCUCCUAUGUGCUCUCCCUUGACGCACUCUCAACGCACUCUCUCAACGCACUCUCAAUCCGCAAGUGACCCUCGGCCUGGCACGCGCUGAUUGAAACUGGGUGUAUCUCUGGUACAUGACUGUCAACCUCUAUCUAACGACAACAUCUACCAUUGCUCAGAUGUCUGUUGUACUGCAUCGAUGCGUCUCUGCUCGUGUGCCUAUCUCCCUGCAAUUAGCUCUUCCACACCCACGGCCACGCCUACGCCUACGCUCACACGUACGCAGAGACGCACAUACAAACGCAUACACAAAAGCACACACGGCGCAAGCACACACACACACCCACACACACACACGGAGAGAGAGAGAGAGAGAGAGAGAGAGAGAGAGAGAGAGAGAGAGAGAGAGAGAGAGAGAGAGAGAGAGAGAGAGGCGCAAGGGGAGUCUGUCCGCUUGUGAGGAAUAUAGACGUUGAAUCGAUGCUCUUACUGCCUGGUCGCGGAUCUUCUGUAGAUGGGGGAGUGGGGGCAGUUGUAGUUGAUUGAAAGGAGAGGGCAAGCAUUCGAUCAAGCUUAUUAAUCACGUGUACCAAUCGAGAAACCGCAAGUCGUUACUGUAUCACUCAACCGUCGGUACGAAUACCGAAAAAUUUUGGCACCCGAGUGAGAAACGACGUGACACGUCAUUUUCUGCGGCCGUGUAGUCGGGUUGUUCUCAAAACACACGUACACACACACACACACACAAUUCAACGGCUGCUAUUCUUUUCAAUGUCUCCAUCGUAGACGAAUCAAUUACCUACUGUGUGAUCUCUCGGUGCUGCGCAGCCACACACACACACACACACACGCACACACACAGACACACACACAGAGAGAGAGAGAGAGAGAGAGAGAGAGAGAGAGAGAGGUACGUUUUACGGUGGACCGUUUUCUUUCUCCGGUUUUGCUCGCUUUACUCCUCAGUGAGCGGCAGGAUUCAUCUAGAUUGAAUCGUGAGCAGCUGGAUUGAAUUCUGAGCUUGUGGAGGAGAGCGGCGGUAGCGCAGCCAGGGAGCGCUUUUGCUUUGUAAGACUGAUCGACUAAAGGGUUCGGUACGCUACGAUGGGAGACGAGAGAGCCACACGGAAGCUUCGGAUCGCCGCGGAACCGACUAUGGAUGCUGGAGAUGUACAAGCAUACGGCGGCCGAGGAGGGAGUGCGAGUGGGGUUACGCCGCAGAGGCAGCAUCAGGAGCAAUGCUUGAUACCUGGGCUGAAUAAUGAUCUUGCUCUGGAGUGUCUCGUCCGUGUUCCCAGAGAAUACCAUUUUCAGAUGAAAUGUGUAAGCAGAGGCUGGCGCUCUUUGCUGAGGGGAGACGACUUUUACAGCCACAGGGCGCGAAACCGACUCACGGAGUAUUGGAUUUACGUUCUCACCUAUGAGAGAAACGAGCCGAAGAACACGUGGCAGGCUUACGAUCCCCGUUGUGUUCGCUGGCACAAGCUUCCAGACAUGCCGGAGACCUACCGGUCAGCGCUCGGGCUGCGCGCCGCCGUCCUGCACAACAUGCUUUUCGUCUUCGGCGGGAAGGAGGGCAUGGCCAAAAAGGAGGUGGAGGGUUUAUGGAAGUUCGAUCCCCGCACACUGGAAUGGUCGAUGGGCGCGCGCAUGCUCAAUCCGCGCGCUCACUUUGCUAGCGCCGUUGUGAACGGCUCCCUCUUUGUCGCCGGGGGUUUCGGCGCCGACGGGAAGAUGCUCAAUUCUGCAGAGGUUUAUAAUCCUCUGGAGGAUUCAUGGCAGGCAAUUGAGCCGAUGGCGAAGCCUAUGGCUUGGUGUCACGGGUUGGGCCUUCGGGGCUGUUUCUACGUGCGGGACAAGUGCCCCCCUUCCUGUGGGCCUGGGCCCGUCCGGGUCAUUGUCUAUGACACGGCUACGCGCACUUGGCUUGACGUGAAGGACUCGGCGAUCGUCAAAGGCUGGCGCGGCGCCACUGCUGUCGCUGAUGGCCGCGUGUACGUCACCAAUCAGUACGAGAUGUACUGCCUCAAAGUUUUCGAGCCGGAGAUGAAGUGUUGGAUCCAGGCGCCUGGCAUCGAUCGGCUCUUUCUGUCGUGUUAUUCCAAGAAGCAAAAGCCACCGUUCAAAUUGGCUGGCUUUGAUGGGAAGAUCGUGGCGGCAGGACGAGGGCCGACGUUGACCAUAAUCGAUGUAAGGAAAGCGAUGGAGACAAGAAGGAACGGCGGAGGAGGGGCAGAGGAUGGGGAGGAGGGGGUUGUAGAAGUCGCAGACAAUACGGCUCUGUGGAGCACAGUAUGGCUGUCCGGCGAUUCCAACUGGGAGGCGAGCGAUAAUCGACUGGACACAGUUGAGAGUGUUCAGGUCAUUGGGUUGUAGGGAAAUCUUUGUUGCGCGGUCGAGUCUUCUCUCGGCUUGUCUCAGCUCUUUGCUUUGCCUUCCUCCGUUCUCUCUUCUUCUCAUUUGGCCCCCCGGAUUCAUUCCUCUGUUUUGAUCUCUCUCUCUCUCCCUGUCACGGGCUACUUAGCCUCACACGGGCUUUUAUCCCUCCAUUGCCGUCUGUGAGCCGUGGUGAAUCUUCCCCUAUCCUCUCCUCCUGCAACUGCAAGGAUUGAUAGCAUUUCUAUGCUCGUCGUCUGUCCGUUCGGGUCGUACCCUUGUUAUUACCUUCUGAGUUGCCAUGGAGACUGAUCUGAUGCACACGGGAUCUCUCCUUUUCGAACAAAUGGAAGACAAAAGAGGCUAUCUCGGCGGUAUGAGAUGGGUGGGGACGGAAUUGAUGCGGUGGCAGGAUUGGAACUCGCUCUGCUGGUGAUCGGGUGUCGCGAAGGAUCCAUAGGGGGAGGGAAAGAUGGAAAGAGUGAUAGACGUAUGCCCCUCUUUGUGUGUGUGUGUGUGUGUGUGUGUGAGAGAGAGAGAGAGAGAGAGAGAGAGAGAGAGAGGAGGGGGGGGGGUGUAAGGAGAGGGAAGGAAAGGGUAGAGUACGGUAGUUUGAUGCCAUUGAAGCUUCAUGGCAUCUAGGGUGAUUGUGAUUUUAGAUGUUAGGUGGUGUGAUAAACAAACAAAUUCGACCUCGGUUUCGAAUGGAUUUUGAUCGGUCCAGAGGGAGGAGGAUGAGAAUUCGAAGCGGGGAGAACGACUACUCUCCCAGGUAUUUGAAGGGGAGUGAGAAUUGGGAGCUGGGAAAGACUGCUUCUCUCCCAUGCAUUUGUGGAUAAUUCAAUUGCUCUCUCGAGCUGUCAAUGUGACUCCAUGACGCGUGAAGAAGUGAGUUCCCUUUUUGAAGGCUAUGGUUUGAUCUAUAACGGAGGCACAACUCUAAAUAUAGCUUUGCUACCAAAGACAGAGAGAGAGAGAGAGUGGGGGGAGGGGGGAGUUAAGGUUUUUCGUUGUAGUUUGUUUUGUCUCACUGGCUCAGCAUGUGCAAUUCAUUGUGCGCAUGUGGAGGUGGUGAUGACGACGCAGCGUUCUUUGGCUUUCGUUGGUCAUGUGCACACGCUUCUUCCUUGGCUAUGUUUUGCUCUUCUCGGCGAGAAAAGCUCUUGGAAGACGGAUGCGCCGCCGUCGUCCUGUGUGGCGCUAAUUCGCACUCUGCUCUUUUCAUUCCCUGAGGAUGAAUUGUCGCUUUGCGCUAGCUCUCUCUAAACGGCUCCUGUUGUUUGUGCCUGCCUUUCGUUGUGCACCUUGGAAUUCGUUUUGUCCUUGGUUGUGCGGUGCUAGGUCGCACUUGCAGCUGCUGUUGUUUUCCUAAGUACCUGAUCAUCCAUCGUGGAUGGAUUGUCGCUUACGGUAUUUGGGCGUGUCUGUCUGUCGAGAGAGGGAGCUAAAGCACGACGCGGACGAACCCGGGACUUGAUUGCCCAUUGCGCUGUCGUUGUUCAGGGUGUACUUCACGGCAGCUGGGAUUGUAUACACUCGCCGACUGUACCGUCAGGCUUCGAUUCUUACAGACAACUGAUGAGGAGUCUGAAAUAGGACGUACAUCACCUCUGUUUGGGCAGGAGAUGCUAUGCUGUGUAUUGCGUCGUAGUGUGCGGCGCGUAUCUCUUGGAGAAAUAAGUGAAUCUCUCGUGUGCGGCAGGUUGUCAAGUAGGGAGUCUGCGCUUUGUGCGGCCUAAUCUUUUACGUGCGGCCCUCAAGGAGGAGUUCUGCGCUUUGUGCGGGCUAAUCUCUCUUGUGCGGCAGGUUGUCAAUCGGGGAUGCUGCGCUGUGGCUUGGGCUAAUCUCUUGUGUACGGUAGACUCUCAAGGAGGGGGGGGGGGUCUGCGCUUUGUGCGGCCGAAUCUCUCUUGUGCGGCAGGCUCUCGAGGAGAUUCUGCGCUUUGUGCGGCCUUUUUGGAAAGCGAUUUCCCGCUGCAGCACCUUUGCCAUAUACACUGGCGUUGUGUCUCCUUGCGGCAGGCGCUCAAGGGGAUUCUGCGCUUUUUGAGGGCUUUGUCGAAAGCCAAUUCCCGCUGUAGCACCUUUCCUAUAUCACUGUUUGUUGUUUCUCCUUUGUUUUGAGUCCUUUUGUCCCCUCAGGUAGCCAGAUGGUGGGUGGGCUUUUCUGUGGGCGGAUCGCGAUUGGGCCCUCCCUCCUGAUGUUCGCCUGCUGUUUACCGCUUCCUUCUCUGUGAACGUGCGUCUGUUUCGGCUGCAUCUUUGGCUCGAUGUACUCAUCGGAUCAAUCAAUUAAUCAAGCAGUCGAGCAAUCAAGCAAUCAAGCAACCCUUCUAUGAUUUAUUCGAUCUUGUGAUAGGACCAGGGCGCUGUUGUCAUGCAGUAGCCGAGGUCUGAGCAGUUGGUGUGCCUCGAUUUCACGGACUCUGGUUGGCGGGCGUCUCAUUAUGGGAGGAGGAGAAGGAGAGCUUCCAUGUGAGGAAAGCCCCGGCCCAUCCGUGCACACGGCCGGAUUUCUUUGUUCGGUGGGUGCUCGCUCUAGUAGUGCGGAAAUCUUGGCCGCAUGCGGGUCAUGAAUGUUCAAAUCCUGAUGAACAGAACAGUAUUCAUUUUGCGCAACAGUUACUCUGUUAUUUAUUGGUGACAGUAUCCAUGCCUGUUUCCCCCAUUGUUUUCCAUUCCGUUCUCUUUGUUGCCAUGCUCUCCUACUUCAAACUUUCUGUUUUCGGUGCGCUUUUGCGCGCGCUUUUGCCCCCCGCCCGCCUGUCACUCAUGUACCGUAUGUACUCGACGAGAAUCCUUAACGCCUUGCGCCUCCGGAUUAGCCUAAUCAGUGCAUUAUAAUGAUUUUCGAAACAACAUGCUUGCACGCUCCAGGGGAGGGCCUGAUUGUUUACGAUGGCAAAGUCAAGUAUAUACCGUAUUACCUUACCCGAGUGCGGCCCGAGUUAUGGGGGUAGUGGUAAUUGAGAAGCGACUGAGGUAGUUUUUAUGCUUAGCUGAUACUUCUUUUCCUUCCGUCAGUUCAAAUUAUUUUGAAAUUAUGGAGAUGUGAUGGGGUGGUCCACGUGGAUGGAUUGGGUCGUCGUACCAUGUAGAAAGAGCCAGACUUGCUCGACGUGACGGUGGGAUGCGUGGAUGCAUGGAUGGAUGGAUGGAUGGAUGGAUGACAACUGUGAAUGAAUCAAUGUGUCCGCAGGAAUUGAAGUAAAUCGUGAUGAUGUGA